AUGGAGAUGAGACAGUCAGGGCCAAAGAUCCAAGGAGGAGUUGAAGGUGUCAAUUAUGUGCACCAAGGAGGGAAUAACAUGAACUUCAACAACUAUCGCCCCAACCAAGGGGGUGGUAACUAUAACCACUAUGGUAACAAGGUGCAUCCCAAUCCGUCCUAUGGGAAUCCUAACAAUGUUUUGCAACCACCACCGGGAUUCACAGUAACUAAUGGAAUGGUCGAUGAGCAGAAGAAGCCUACUACAGAAGAUAUCUUGGCAGCAUUCAUGAUUCAGACUACCAAGUACAUGGAGAAAAUUGAUAAGUGCAUGGAGAUUAUUAAUCAAAGGCUGGGAAAAGUUGAGAAUGAAAUGCAAAGCUUGAAUGUACAUAUGAAGAGCAUUGACAAUCAGAUAAGUCAGAUCUCUCAAGCUGUGGGAGUCCAACAUCAACCAGGCCAAUUACCAGCACAGACCAUAAACAAUCCCAAAGACUGCAAGGCCAUACACUUGAGAGGUGGUAAAAGCUAUGAAGGACCUUCCAUGCCCGUAGAGGAAAAGAAGAGUACUACAGAGGAAGAUAUCAGAGCAGAAGAGAAUUCCAAGGGAAAAAAUAAGGUAGACAUUCAGACCAAGAAAGACGCAGUGCCAGAAAAGAUGCCCACUCUCUCCAUUCCUACGAGAGUUAGAGUGCCCUUGCGGAAGGUGCACAUUAAUAUACCAUUGGUGGAAGCUCUGCAAGAGAUGCCUACAUAUGCAAAGUUCAUAAAAGAUGUGCUCUCCAAGAAGAAGAAGUGGAUUGAUUAUGAGACGGUGAACAUAUCUGAAAACUGUAGUGCGAUAAUUCAAAAUAAGCUAACUUCCAAGCUUAAAGAUCUUGGGAGUUUCAAUAUCUCAUGCGUCAUUGGAAAUGACAGACAAACAAAGGCACUGUGUGAUCUGGGGGCGAGCAUAAAUUUGAUGCCAUUAUCGUUUUUCAGAAAGAUGAAGAUCGACACUCUCAAGCCGACGAUAAUCAAACUGCAGAUGGCAGAUAGAUCAGUCACCUAUCCUAAAGGAAUUGUUGAUGAUGUUCUAGUGAAGGUACACGACUUCAUAUUUCCCGUCGAUUUUGUAGUGAUGGAUAUGGAGGAAGACAUGAAUGUGCCGCUUAUCCUAGAGCGCCCAUUCCUAGCAACGGGAAAAGCAUUGAUAGAUAUAGCAAAAGGAGAGCUCACUCUUCGUAUGGGCAAAAAACGACACAUUUUGUCUAUCUAUAAUGCUAUGAAGAGUCGUGAAGAUGAAGAACUUGCUAUGAAGAUAGAGUGCAAAGUUGUGCAUAUUGUAGAGGUCCAAAAGACACAAGCAAUUGAGUCCGCAUUGGGGAUUUAUGUUCAAGGGACGUGUGGUGUGUUGGCUUGCCGCUCUUCCUCCCAGUGCGCGCUACCUUCCACGACAGCCCAACCGCAAUGCUGUCUCAUCCGUGGCUCAUCCCGCGACUAA